GGCGGUCAGCUGAGCGGCGCUGGGCGGGGUCGCGAGGCCGCAAGUCAGCCCGAGGCUCAGCGAGCCCGGAUCGCUGCCCCUGGCGGGUCCCCUGGUCCGCGUCUGCAUCCGGGUCCGGAGCCCUCCCCCAGCGGGCACGAUGCCGAGAGAGCAGUGACCCCGAUAGAGGCCAGAGCGCGGGCGCGGGGAAAACUGUUGUAUGGAAAUGUAUGCCCCAGAUCUAUUGAAGGAUGAAGUGGAAAACAGAACCGUGGUCCAGUAAGGUGGUGUUAGAACCUCAAAAGCCUCAGAUCUGGUCCUGCAGCCAUGUCCCACCAACCGCUUAGCUGCCUGACUGAAAAGGGGGACAGCCCCAACGAAACCACAGGAAAUGGGCCCCCCAACCUGGCUCACCCAAACCUGGACACGUUCACCCCGGAGGAGCUGCUGCGGCAGAUGAAGGAGCUCCUGACUGAGAACCAUCAGCUCAAAGAAGCCAUGAAGCUAAAUAAUCAGGCAAUGAAAGGGCGAUUUGAAGAGCUUUCAGCCUGGACAGAGAAACAGAAGGAAGAACGCCUCUUUUUUGAGAUACAGAGCAAAGAAGCCAAAGAGCGUCUCAUGGCUUUGAGUCACGAAAAUGAAAAAUUGAAGGAAAAACUUGAAAAACUAAAAGGGAAAAUGGAAAAGUCCCUUGAGGACCCCACUGGGGACCCCAAAGUCCCCAAGGCAGAAGCAGACCAGGAACUCGAACAGCUGAAGACCCAGGUGGCCUAUCUCCAAGCUGAAAAAGCAGAUCUGCUGGGGAUUGUGUCAGAACUACAGCUCAAGCUGAAUUCGGGGGGCUCUUCUGAAGACUCCUUUGUUGAAAUCAGGAUAGCUGAAGGAGACGCAGAUGUGGCAGUGAGAGAAAUCAGGACAAGUCCUGGACCAACAAGAACUGAUUCCAUUGACACGAACAAAUCUACAGAAAGUGCCAGGAAUUAUUUGGAAUUUGAGAAAUUAACUGUGAGCCAGCUCCUGCUUUGUCUAAGGGAGGAAAACCAGAAGGUGGAGAAGCUUGGAAUUGCACUCAAGGAAGCCAAAGAAAGAGUUUCAUAUUUUGAAAAGAAAGCCAGUGAUCAUUCUGACAUUGAGACCCAGACAGAGAGAAGCACAGAAAAAGAGAAAGAAGAGGAGAAAGGCCCCGAAACUGUUGGAAGUGAAGUGGAGACAUUGAACCUUCAGGUGACGACUCUAUUUAAGGAGCUUCAAGAGGCUCAUAUGAAACUCAGUGAGGCUGAGCUAAUGAAGAAGAGACUUCAAGAGAAAUGUCAGUCCCUUGAAAGGAAAAAUUCUGCAAUCCCUUCAGAGCUGAAUGAAAAGCAAGAGCUUGUUUAUAACAACAAAAAGUUGGAGCUACAAGUGGAAAGCAUGAAAUCAGAAAUCAAAAUGGAGCAAGCUAAAACUGAAGAGGAAAAGUCCAAGUUAGCCACUCUUCAGUUGACCCAUAACAAACUUCUUCAAGAAUACAAUAAUUCAUUGAAAACACUGGAGGAACUGAAAAGGAAAGAGUCUGAAAAAGUGGAUAAGGUGGUACUUCAAGAACUAAGUGAAAAGCUGGAAGUGGCAGAGAAGGCCUUGGCUUCCAAGCAGCUUCAGAUGGAUGAGAUGAAGCAGACCAUCGCCAAGCAGGAGGAGGACCUGGAAACCAUGACCGUUCUUCGGGCUCAGAUGGAGGUUUACUGUUCGGACUUCCACGCUGAAAGAGCAGCGAGAGAGAAGAUACACGAAGAGAAGGAGCAGCUGGCCCUACAGCUGGCAGUCCUGCUGAAAGAGGAUAAUGUUUUUGAAGAUGGAAGCAGCAGGCAGUCCCUGAUGGAGAUGCAGAGCCGUCAUGGGGCGAGAACCAGUGACUCCGACCAGCAGGCCUACCUCGUUCAGAGAGGAGCUGAGGACAGAAACUGGCGGCAGCAGCAGCAGCGGAAUAUUCCAAUUCAUUCCUGCCCCAAAUGUGGAGAAGUUCUGCCCGACAUAGACACGCUCCAGAUCCAUGUUAUGGACUGCAUCAUUUAAGUGUUCACAUCUCACUUCCCCCCCAGACUGUUGGUAAAUACCAAGAUUUUUUUCCUCCAA